AUGGCGCGCAUUAAACAGGGCGUGUUUUCGUGGGAGGAUGUGCUAGCCCAGCGAUACCAAACUAAUAAACCCCCUCCCCUCCCCCGCACACGCCGCCGCACGCUCGCAGCCCCGCAAGCGCAGUCGCAAUGCCGACUGCUGACGCGCCUCUCGCCCGAGCUGCGAGUGAUGAUCUGGGAGUUUGCGCUGGGCGGGCUGCAUCUACAUAUUAUCCAGCGGAGCGGACAGCGACUGGGACAUGUGGUGUGCCCAGCGAGCACUUCGGCGUCGUCAAAGGAUGCGCCGUUUUGCGAGAUCUGCCACGGCGGCGGCAUUGCACAGCCGGUGAAAGAAGGCGACUUAGUCCGCGCCGGCCGGCAAGAUAGACUGCUGGGUGUUCCAAUGGCCUGUCGACAUAUGUACCACGAAAGCAUCCACCUCCUCUACACCCUCAACACCUUCGAAUUCAGCAACCCUUGGACCCUACCCUACCUCCGCCCCACCAUCCCCACAGAACACUGGGACUCCCUCCGCGCCAUCGAGCUGCGCUGGUCCUUUCCAGGCCACUGGCUUCCCAGCAAAGACCCCGUGCGCGCAGUGUAUGUGUCCGCCGGCCGCGCACAGUGGCUCGAGACCUGCCGCGCGCUAGCCCGGCUGCCGACGCUGCGGUCGUUCGUGCUGGUUCUGGGGAGUACGUGGUUCAGUGAGCCUGUGGAAAAACUGGCUGUGUUUCUGGACCCGUUGCGUGGUCUGCCUGUGCAUGAUAAGACUAAGACGGGUAGUGGGCGGAGGGCCAGGUCAUCGUCGUCAUCGGCUGCGUGGGAGCUUCGGCUUCAGGGCCAGGCGUAUUAUCGACAUGAGAUAACUCGUGUUGGAGAGGAUUUGCGUCGACGUGGGAUUGAGUGUUGGAUUUCGAUGGUGUGA